AAGGGGGCACCUAUGGAGCAGCAGGCCAUGCUGGUCCCCUCAUCCAGCCCCCCUAGCCGAAAAUGCCACUCUUAUGGAGGAGUCUGUGGCGAGUUGUGGACUCCCUCACAGAUCCACCUAAAAGAAUGCAGGACCUCAGCGUUCCCCCAAGUCAACUGAGUUUCCUCACCCAUCUAAGUCAGCGAAGCGAGAGGAUAUUUCCACGACGAGCCCGAUACCCUGUGCCCUCCAUAAGUCGCCAUGUGGUCUUCUCGCCCAGCACGUUGGAGCACCAGAAGAAUCGCCAGGUUGUCGUGCAGGCCGAAACCUCGGCCUUCCAGAACUUCGUGCGCGAGAUGUACGAAGCGUAUUACCAACUUUUACUCUCGCAGGAGACGAGAAGACACUGCCUGCAUCCAGAACUACAGCUUGGCAAUCGUAGGCUGAGAUUCAAGGACCUCGUGCUGCUUCAGAGGGUGGCCAGAGAUUUGUGGGCGAAAAUGGGCAAGGAACGAAAGCAACCGUACAAGGAUCUGGCCAUGAUGGCCCUCCAUCGAGCGAGUUUGCGCCUGCCGCCCGAUCCCCAUCGAAUACCCCCACAUCUUAGGAGGACUUCCAAAAAGUUACAGAAGACUAGAUCGGUUUUUAUUCGGAUAUAGAAACCCUUUCUUCCGUUACCCAAAUUAAUUGCGGUUGCCUAUUUCAGACGAUUAAAUAACUGACUCAAGUGCGACAGAGCUGCUUGCACCUUUAGUAAA